UCCUGUAGACAUUUUAUAUCUAGUACUCUGGUUCCUAUUUCACAUUGAAUGCAUCAAAUCAUCUCUAAUUCAGCAUAAUCCAUGGACCUACAAGGUAUAAUUCUCCUACGUCCGAGAAUCAUAGAUCAAUCCACUGUAGCUGCAAGCCUGCACGGGCUCUUAUUAUUAGCGAUGAAGCGACGUCCGGUUUAUUUACGUCACUUAGUGGGUAAAUAAAUGGUGAAAGCUUCAAGCUUCUUAAGCAAGUCUUGAUUCCUCAGCAUACACUCCUGAACCCGGAGUUUUGUCUUUCUGUAUUUUUCUGCACAUUUUCGAUACCCAAUUGACAUCAAAAUAUAUCAAAUUUCAUCAUGUUUGCAAGACAGACCCUUAGAGCGGCUCAGCCAUUCAGAAGCGUAAGCCAAACCCCGCUGCUUGUUUAUUUUUUUCGCUGCCGUGGAACACCAAGCUUCAAGCAGAUAGCUUGCUGAAAGACCACGGCACCAUGGCUCGCAAUGGUCCAAUCAUAAUACUCUACAUGAGCUAAUAUAUCGAUGUAUAGCAAUACCGACGAUAUGCCACCGAAUCCUCAAGCAGCGGCUCGAAUACUGCUUUGUACGCCGGCGUCGCAGCAGCGGUAGCUGGUGCAGGUUACUAUUUCAUGAGUCAGGGAGAUAAUGCCGCAAAGGUCAAGGAUGCGGCAAAAGACGCAGAAGCCAAAGCGAAGGAGGCUCUUGGACAGGGACAAGCUAAGGUUGAAGGAGCUGUUGGGAAGGCUGCUUUCACUGGUGGCGAUCAAGGCUUCAUCAGUCUUAAGUUGGACAGCGUAGAGCUUGUCAAUCACAACACCAAGAAAUUCAGAUUCGAGCUCCCUGAGAGCGACCAAGUUAGCGGAUUACAGGUUGCUUCUGCUCUCAUUACAAAGUAUAAGAGUCCGGAGAUGCAAAAGCCUGCAAUUCGUCCUUAUACCCCCACAAGUGACGAGAGUAAGAAUUUUCCAUUCCUCUUCUAUAAGCUUUACUAACUCUUCAUUAGGUGAAAAGGGUUUUAUUGACCUUCUUGUAAAGAAGUACCCAAAUGGUGUCAUGUCCGAACACAUGCACGAAAUGGUUCCAGGUCAAAGAUUGGACUUCAAGGGACCUAUCCCCAAAUACGCAUGGUCAGCAAACAAGCAUAACCACAUUGCUCUCAUUGCUGGAGGAACCGGCAUUACUCCAAUGUACCAACUCGCACGAGCUAUCUUCAACAACCCAGCAGACAAGACAAAGGUUACAUUGGUAUUCGCAAACGUCACCGAAGAGGAUAUCUUAUUGAAGCGCGAAUUCGAAGAUCUCGAGAACACAUACCCACAAAGAUUCAGAGCUUUCUACGUCUUAGAUAACCCACCUAAAUCAUGGAAGGGGGGAAAGGGAUUCAUCAACAAGGAGCUUCUGAAGACUGUUCUUCCUGAACCCAAGUCCGAGAAUAUCAAACUCUUCGUCUGUGGUCCACCAGCAAUGUACAAGGCUAUCUCUGGUGGAAAGGUUUCUCCUUCAGACCAGGGUGAGUUGGCAGGUGUCUUGAAGGAGUUGGGAUACUCAAAAGAUCAAGUUUACAAGUUUUAAAGAAGUGCUAUGAUAGAUUAGAGACCUGUAAAAUAGAGAUACCUAGAAAUAGAUAGACUCGAUAUUCAGAAUGAAUAAUUAUUCGUACAUACAAUACAAUAUUCGUAAUGAGAAGAUUAAUCACCCUUUC